CGUUCUUCCGCGUUUCUUUUUCGUGUUCUCGUCUCGUGCAGCCGGACAUGAAGGCACGCAGAGCAAAAGCGUGGUGCUUGAUCUGCCGCGAGAAACCGCGGACCGUGGAUUCCGACUCGAGCGAUCUAGAAACCGAGGAGGCCAAGUCGCCGGACGAAGCGGAGAGCAAAGCGGAGAGCAAAGCGGAGACUAAAGUGGAGCACGGGAUGGGAAGCAGCGUGAUGGAGAGCAAGGUUGUGACGGAACAACAGGAGACGGACUCUCCCCUACAGGCGGAUCAGGGUUACAAGUACGACCUGCUGGUCAUCGGUGGCGGUUCCGGUGGUCUAGCGGCGGCCAAGGAAGCCGUGGGAUUGGGAGCGAAGGUAGCGGUGUUGGACUACGUGACACCCUCGCCUAUCGGUACCACUUGGGGCUUAGGUGGUACCUGCGUCAACGUGGGAUGUAUACCGAAGAAACUGAUGCAUCAAGCCGCAUUGCUCGGUGAAGCUGUCCACGAAGCAGCUACCUUUGGCUGGCAGCUGCCUGAUCCAAAAACCGUGAAGAUCGACUGGGAAGCCUUAACAACUGCUGUACAGAAUCACAUCAAGUCUGUUAACUGGGUUACUCGCGUCGAGCUUAGAACAAAACAAGUCGAGUAUCUAAACGCUCUUGGGCAUUUCAAGGACGCGCACACGGUAGCCGGAGUUACGAAGAAAGGAGAAGAGAAGAUCCUCACGGCUAAGAAUAUACUGAUCGCAGUCGGUGGCAGGCCCAAGUAUCCCGAUAUUCCCGGUGCUGUAGAAUACGGCAUAAGUAGCGACGAUAUCUUCAGUUUGGGGCGUGCUCCGGGGAAGACCCUUGUCGUUGGCGCCGGAUACAUCGGUCUGGAGUGUGCCGGCUUCCUUAAUGGUUUCGGUUACGAUGCAACGAUAAUGGUACGAUCGAUAGUGUUGCGCGGAUUCGAUCAGCAAAUGGCAAACAUCAUCGCCGAGGAGAUGGAGCACCGCGGCGUGCAUUUCAUCUAUCAAGCAAAGCCUAAGAAGAUCUCGAAGCAGGAGGAUGGCCGUCUGUUGGUCGACUGGGUCGACAGGGAUGGCCAAAUGCAUCAAGACGUGUACGAUACUGUUUUAUUUGCUAUUGGUCGUCGGGCGCUCACGGAAGAACUGAAACCGGAGAACGCUGGACUGAAACUUGUCCCGGAAACUGGCAAAAUUGACGCUAUCAAUGAACAAACGAACGUUCCAAACAUUUAUGCGGUUGGCGAUGUACUUCAUAAAAAGCCCGAAUUAACGCCCGUUGCUAUCCACGCUGGUAAGCUGCUAGCGAGAAGACUGUUCGGCGAUUCGACCGAGAAAAUGGAUUACACGAACGUGGCAACGACGGUGUUCAGUCCUCUGGAAUACGGAUGCGUCGGACUGAGCGAGGAAGCGGCAGUCGCGCUUCAUGGAGAGGACGGGAUCGAGAUUUAUCACGCGUACUACAAACCGACGGAGUUCUUCGUACCUCAGAAGAGCCCCGACCGUUGUUACGUGAAAGUGGUUGCGCUUAAAAGCGGCGAUCAAAGGGUUCUCGGAAUGCACUUUGUCGGGCCGAACGCGGGCGAGGUGAUUCAAGGAUUCGCCGCUGCCAUCAAGUGUGACUUAACAUUCCCGAAACUCAAGGCCACCGUUGGAAUUCAUCCGACAGUAGCAGAGGAGUUCACGCGUAUUUUCAUUUCUAAGCGUUCGGGUCUGGACCCGAAACCACAGAGCUGCUGUAGUUAGAUUAAAUGCAUAACAUCGUGCUUCUUUCGAUUCCAUUCACCGGUUUACACGCCGAUCGUACGUUAGAAAAUAACGCGGCCCCGUAUCCUUAUAACCGAGAUUGACCAACUCUCUCGACCAAAUCUCUUUCGGUCGAAAGAAUUCGUCACUGUACACGAGAGUGCUGGAAUACCGCAGUAUUACGUAAAGUAAACAGCAAAAGCUGGAAUCUAAAAAGCAAACGACCUGUCAUGUCGCAUUAAAAGUGAACUUUUUAUAUAUAUUAUUUUUUCAAUGAACAAUGCGCGUGCCUCGUAGCGGGCAAAAAUAAAUUUACAUGAUAAUUUGAUAUGAUGCUGAUUAUCUGAUACAAAUAAAUAUUAAUAAAACGUUGAGAUCAG